AACAGCAACAUCAUCCCCAUCAGCAACCGCAACAACCACAGCAGCAACAAUCCCAAAAUCAACAUCAUCAGCCACCAAAUAAUAACAAUAAUACGAAUAAGAACAAUAACAUAGACAGAGUAAAAAGGCCAAUGAACGCUUUUAUGGUCUGGUCCCGUGGUCAGCGGCGUAAGAUGGCUCAAGAGAAUCCCAAGAUGCACAAUUCUGAGAUUUCUAAACGCUUAGGAGCCGAAUGGAAGUUACUUAGCGAAACGGAAAAACGUCCGUUUAUUGACGAAGCAAAGCGAUUGCGUGCGGUGCACAUGAAAGAGCACCCGGAUUACAAGUAUCGUCCAAGAAGAAAAACGAAAACUCUUUUGAAAAAAGACAAGUUCCCGCUCGGCGGCGGUGUCGGAGGAGUUGGAGUUGGCGUUGGUGUCGGUGGCAUAUUAGGGGUAGAUCAAAGACAAGUCGGUAGUACGGGUGGGCCCCAGCAAGGACAAAUAUCCCGAGAGGUCUAUCAGAUGCCUAACGGAUAUAUGCCGAAUGGUUAUAUGAUGCACGAUCCGACGGCCGCUGCGUAUCAGCAGCACGUUGCCUAUGGUGGUCACAUGGGUGGAGCGGCGGCAGCCGCGGCCGCUGCUGGAUAUCCAAGAUAUGAUAUGGGACAUCAUAUGGGUGGUGGCAGUCCACCAAUAAACAGUUAUAUGAAUGGAUAUGGUGGUUACGCUGGAACCACUGUACCCGGCGGUUCACCUUCGCCCUAUCAUCAGCCUCAAUCUGGAUCCCAAAUGUCCAGCCACAGUCCUAGCGGCAGCAGUAUAAAAUCUGAGCCAACGAGUCCUGCGAGUGCGGGUAUACAUACUCCCACACCUACCAGCGGACCGGGCGCCUCGAGCGCAGCGUCUGGUCCGCAACAGCAGCAACAGGCGCAACAACAACAAGCUGCUGCUGCUGCCGCUGCCGCCGCCGUUAAACGUGAAUAUAUGGGCCAACAAACCCAUCAAACUCAUCAAUCUCAGGGAGAUCUUAGACAGAUGAUAUCCAUGUAUUUGCCGCAAGGCGUCGACCAAGGGGUCGUCCAACAUGGUGCUGGUGUCUAUUCUCCUGGUCCAUCACCGGAUCCUUUGGCGCAACAUCACUCGAUACCACCCCUCAGUCAUAUGGCUUAUCGAACGAGCUUAUCGUCGUUUUAUUGUGACCGAUCGACGCAAGAGAGAGCUAACGUUGGACUGCUUCAUCCACUAGAAAUUUAAACUCUGAUUUCUUCCUCACGCACCAACUCCUUCGAAAUGCAUAAGAAGAAAUACUCAACCACAUCAAGAAAUAUGGCUGACAUAUACACGUCACAAAACACACUAUCAUAUUUCUCCCUUUUAUUUGUCGUUUAUCAUAAAUACACACACACACACAUAUAUAUAUAUACACAUUCUCUCUCUCUCUCUCUCUCUCUCUUUUAUCCCCUAUCUUUCUUUUUCUCUUUCCUUUAUCCGUUAUCUUUUUCUUCCCAACAUGGACCAACGUAUUUAUAUUAGGUAGAAGAAAGAAAGAAGAAAAGAAACGGAGUGCGAAAAUACGUAUACAAGUAAAAGACCAAAUAUAAACAAACGAAACAAACAAAGCUAUGGGACAUGUGAGAGAGAGAGAGAGAGAGAGAGAGAGAGAGAGAGAGAGAGAGAGAGAGAGAGAGAGAUAGAGAGAGAGAGAGAGAGAAUGAUAAUAUAAAUACUUAUAUACAUAUACAUAAUAAUAUACAUCGUACUACUUGCACAACAUAGAUGUGCGCGUGGUACAACGAUCGAUGUUGCAGUUACUGCUGCUUGCUGUAAUUACGAUUCAGUCUGUGAUAAGAGCUCGAAAAAAGUAUAUCACAAUCGUUGCGAGCUUUGUAUAUAUAUAUAUAUAUAUAUAUAUAUAUAUAUAUAUAUAUAUAUACAUAAAUUUACAUUUAUAAGAGAUAUUGUUAAUUAAUCGCAGGAAAAGAAAAAUAAUUCAGGUCUUUUGUAUAUUAUCUAUACGUUACGUGAAAUAUUACGCCUCCUUCUUACUAUCACUACCACUGCUACUACUACUGCUAUUACUACUACUACUACUAUUAUUACUACUGCUACUACUGCUACUACUACUUCCAUUAAUUUCUUAUCGUGUUCACGAAAAAGACAAUUCGAGAAAUUAAUUCAUUGUCAAUGUUCAUUUUUUCUCUAUAAUUUUUCUCUUCUUUGUUUCUUCGCUUAUAUUAUUUUAUUAAACGUCUAAUAAUAUUUAAAGUUUAGAUUUUAUUUUGUAUUUUGUCGUUCUUUUUUUUUUUUCUUUCUUUCUUUUUUUUUUCUUUUUUUUUCUCUUUCCUCUUCUUCUUCUCUCUAUCCACAUAACGAUAGCGAAGGUGUUGAAGAGAAAAAAGAAGAAGAAGAAAAAAAAAAUAAAAGAAAAAGAAUUAAAAGAAAAUGAAAAAAUAAAAAAGAAAAAAAAAUAUUAAAAAGAAAACUAGCUACAGAAUCCGAUAAAAAAUGGAUCGAUUAUUAUAAUUAUGUUUUUAUCAUCGGAUUUAACAACGAAUCAAAUGACUUAUCAUUAUUUUGUAAUUAUCAUCGAAUGUGCAUACAUAUAAUGUCUUUUCAUCUAUCAUCAUCCCUUCGAAUCUCUUCUCUUACAAAUUGAAUGCGAUCGAUGAUUGAAUCGCGAAUUGAUAAUCACUUAUUGUAAUAAAACGUAGUGACGUUAGAUUAUUCGAUAGAGAGAGAGAAAGAGAGAGAGAAAAAAAAAGAAAGAGAUAGAGAAAGAGAGA